ACGAUGAGCGAUAAAGAUUGAAUUGCGCCGCUUGUAUGAAAUGACCGUCGUGAGAUGACCAUCUAUGAUUUCUUCUUCUGACCUAAGGAAGCGCAGACGAUGUGGAAACUGGACUCGUACGAGCUCACGCAUCCGGAAUCGCUGUCAGAGCAUCAGCUCCGCGAGAUUCUGAAGAACAGUUGCAUUGAGAUCUUUAAGUUUGAAAAACUAUGUAAAAGUGAGUUGCUGGAAAUGUACAAACGAGUUGCAAUGCCUUUACCUCAGCGGCAACAUGGAAAUGCAAAGAAUAUAGAUAUGAUAUCAGAGAAUUCCAUUACAGUUAUAAGUGAUAAUGAUAGGCACAGUUUAGCUGCAGACUUGAACAAAGGAAAUAAGAGGAUAUUUCAAACAUCUCAACCUCAGAUAGAUACAAAACCUCUUCUUAACGAUCAGAAAUCAGUGAGCAAGAAGAUUCGAUUAUGUUCAACGCCAAAAGAAAUUGGGUGUAAUGGAAUUUAUAAACGCAAUUAUGGAGAACAGAGCGAGUUAACAAUCUUGGCUGUAUCAGUGCUUGCGAUAUGCAGAGGCGCGGUCAUACCAUCGUCAGCUUUCCCGGCCAUUCCAGCUGUUUCAGCUGUUCCAACUGGUCCAGCUGUACCAGCCAUUCCAGCUACCUUGGCCGCACAACCGGUUUUUCCAGUUGCUGCAGUUGAUACCACAAAUUACGAUCCUCAUCCUCAAUACAGUUACGCCUAUAAUGUCCAAGAUACAUUGACUGGUGAUGCGAAGAGUCAGCACGAAAGCAGAAAUGGUGACAUCGUUAGCGGCAGUUACAGUUUCAUCGAGGCUGAUGGUACCAGACGAAUCGUCGAGUAUACAGCUGAUCCUGUGAACGGAUUCAACGCUGUGGUCCGUCGAGAACCCCUGGCAGUGGUGAAACCCGUCGUCGAGGUCGCCCCGCCUCCACUUGUUUAUCAGCCCUGAAGGAUGUGAUAAUGAAUGACACAACAGUCCACAGAAAGAACAAUUUUACUAAAGUACAAAUUUAGCUAGAUAAAAAUUUAAAAAUGAUUCCCAACAAGCAGAUAUUACCAUAUUUAUUGUUUUUGUUGUCAAAAUGAUGUCUUGAAUAUCAAAAUGACGUUAAAAUAAUGGCAAGUAAUAUCAACUUGUUUUCCGGAUUGCACAAUCUAAAUAAGCAACAAUUUCAAGCAUGAUGAACAAUGCUGCAAAAAAGUUUUG